AUGGAAUUAAUGAUAAACGCCACUAUCGGACACGAGGUAUUGUCUUUCAUGGAUUGGUGUUCAGGAUACAACCAAAUACGGAUGGCACUUGAGGAUGAAGAGUUAACUGCAUUUCGUACCACAAAAGGCAUCUAUUGUUAUAAAGUGAUGCCUUUCGGAAUUAAGAAUGCCGGUGCCACCUAUCAACAUGCCAUGCAAAAGAUCUUUGAUGACAUGCUCCAUAAAUUUGUUGAGUGCUAUGUUGAUGAUUUGGUGGUCAAAACUAAGAAAAAGGAAAAUCACCUAGAGGACUUUCGUACAGUCUUCAACUGGCUGAAAAAGUAUGACUUGAAGAUGAAUCCACUCAAAUGCGCAUUUGGAGUCACGUUUGGAAAAUUCCUCGGCUUUAUUGUUCGACAUAGAGGCAUUGAGGCCCUUACAGACUUCUUGGCCGACCAUCCCAUCCCUGCUGAUUGGGAAAUUUCUGAGGAAUUCCCUGACGAAGAUGUAUUGUUUAUAGAAGUUUUACAGCCUUGGAUGAUGUUCUUUGAUGGGAUUUCUAGGAAGGAAGGGGCAGGAGCAGAAACAAGCGCAAUUUCAGUACUAGCCAUCAAAGUCAAUGAUUGGAGAAUGCCAAUUAUAGACUACCUUGAACACAGGAAGCUCCCUGAUGAUUCUCUCCAUAGAACUAAAAUAAGACGUCGAGCUCUUCUAUUCAUCUACUAUAAGGAAACUUUAUUCCGGCGAUCAUUCGAAGGAAUUUUUCUUCUUUGCCUAGGGGAUGAAGAAACUCAACAAGCCAUGGAAGAAGCCCAUUUCGGGAUAUGUGGAGCACAUCAGUCUGGUCCUAAACUUCACUUUCGAGUAAAAAUGAUGGAUGUAGUUGGCCCAUUGACCAAGUCUUCUGCAGGCCACUUAUACAUCUUGUCUGCCACAGAUUACUUCUCCAAGUGGGCUGAAGCCGUCUUACUUAAAGAAGUCAAGAAAGAAAUUGUUAUUGACUUCAUAAAAUCCCACAUUAUUUAUCGGUAUGGUGUACCUCGCUAUAUCAUCACUGAUAACGGAAAGCCUUUCUACAACAGUCUAAUGGACAAAUUUUGUGAAAGAUUUGGAUUUAAGCAACGUAAUUCCUCAAUGUACAACGCGCCUGCCAACGGAUUGGCAGAGGCAUUUAACAAAACUUUGGGCAACCUAUUAAAAAAGGUAGUUGCUAAAUCAAAGGGGGAUUGUCAUGAAAGAAUUGGAGAAGCACUCUGGGCAAACCAUACGACACAUCGUACCCCAACACAAGCCACCCCAUACUCCCUUGUGUAUGGUGUUGAAGCGGUUCUUCCUUUAGAACAACAGAUUCCUUCAUUAAAGAUAGCUAUACAAGAAGGUCUCACUGAUGAUGAGAAUGCAAAACUACGCUUUGCUGAGUUAGAAGUAUUGGAUGAGAAAAGAUUUGAAGCACAACAAAAACUUGAGUGUUACCAAGCUCGACUCUCCAGAGCUUUCAAUAAGAAGGUUAAACCCCGGUCUUUUCAAGUUGGAGAAUUGGUAUUGGCUGUUCGAAGACCUAUCAUCACUACCCACUGA